AUGAAAUUAGGGCUUCAAUCCACCAUUGUUGUCUCUUCUCCUAAUGCUGCUAAGCUCUUUCUCAAAACCCAUGACCCUAUUUUUGCAAACCGUCCAAUUUCUCAAACUUCCAACCAACUGUCUUACAACCAUAAAAACAUAGCUUAUGCUCAAUUUGGCCCUUAUUGGCAAACUAUGCGUAAAAUAUGUUCAUUUCAAUUGCUUACAUCUAGCAAAAUCAACUCUUUUACAUCGAUUCGAAUGCAAGAACUCGGUUUUUUUAUCGAUCGUCUUCAAGAGGCGGCAAAAAAUCAUGUUAUUGUGGAUCUUAGUUAUCAAGUCUCUUCCCUUAUCGCUGAUGUGAUUUGUAUAAUGUUGUUUGGGAAGAAAUUUACUGAUAAAGAGUUUAUGGUUGCAAUACAUGAGGGUACCUUCUUGGCUGGUGCUUCUAACUUGGGAGAUUUUAUUCCUUUUAUUGCCUUCCUUGAUCUUCAAGGGUUAGGCCGUCGUGCCAAAGCUGUUAUUAAGAUCUUUGAUGAAUUACUAGACGUGAUUAUUGAAGAACGUCUCGAGUACAAGAAGCAAAAUAGAACUGAGAAGGGUGAGUUUUUUGUGGAUGUUAUGUUAGAUGUCAUAAGAUCACGGGAAAAAGAACACCAAAUCGAUCGAUCGAGUAUCAAAGCGGUAAUUCUUGACUUGAUAAUAGGAGGAGUGGAUAGUUCAAGCGCUGCAAUCAAUUGGACAUUAUCAGAAUUAAUCAAGCAUCCACAAGUAAUGAAGAAAAUCCGAAAAGAGCUACAAGAAGUAGUUGACAUAAUAAUAAAUGAUUGGGCAAUUGGGCAAGAUCCAUGCUAUUGGAUUGAGCCUCAAAAAUUUAAUCCAGACAGAUUUAUUGAUAGCCCAAUUGAUAUAGUAAGAAACAAUAACAAUUUCGAGAUGAUUCCAUUUGGAUUUGGAAGAAGAGUUUGUCCUGGAAUGCAAUUAGGAUUGGUUUUGAUUCGAUUGAUUGUGGCUCAAUUGGUGCAUUGUUUUGAUUGGGAGCUUCCAAACGGUGUAUUGCCAAGUGAAUUGGAUAUGAGUGAAGAAUUUGGAUUGACUUGUCCUCGAGCUCAAAAUCUAAGGGUGGUACCUAUUUAUCGUGUUUGUAUUUGA